CGAACCGUGCACCGAACUUGUUAGACAUCGGCCAACAUGCAUUCUAAUAAAAAAAGAGUGAAUUACACUCAAGAAGAAAAAAAACUAUUAAUUCAUUUGGUUGAUUCAAAUAAAAAUAUCAUCGAAAAUAAAGAUACAAACGCCGUUUCAAACCAUCAAAAAGAUGACGUUUGGAAAAUUAUUGAGCAAAAUUUUAAUAAAAAGUGUUUCAACGUCUUUCGUGACGCCAAUUCUUUACGGAAGCAGUGGAGCAAUAUGAAGCAGGACUCAAGAAAAAAGGCGGCACUAGAAAGGCAGGAGCUUUACAAAACUGGUGGAGGAGUUGCUCCUGCACUUUCUUCGAAAAAUUGUGAAGCAAAUGAACAAUUGGUUUUGGAUAUAAUAAAUAAGAAGACAGUCCUUGGUCUAAGAAAUGAAUUUGAUUCUGAUGUAAUGAAAGAACCUAUAUUAGAUCAUCCAGCAGAGGAUAUUCUUGGAAUGCCGAUUUUGAUAUCUUCCAAGCCCAAUCAAGAAGAAAUUAACAUAGAAAUACCGUGUACAUCCAGUACACCUUCGAUUACACCUUUAGAACAAACACAUGAUGAAACUGAACUGUGCAAUCAAAACGUUCUGCUUACUUACGAAGAGCCCACGCCCACACUUUUACGAGGCACUCGUUGGUCUGCUCGAAGGAGACCUAAAAUUAACGCAGACCUGGGACCUACAGAAAGAGCUAAAAUUGAAGUACUACAAAUUCAAAAAGAAAUUCUUUUGCAAGAAAAGGAGCACAAGAAAAUGUUACAUGCCAUGGAAGUUGAGCACAAGAAAAAAAUUUACUUAAUGGAAGAGGAAAUUGGGAAGUGCUCUUGUUCCAAGUAAAUGUUGCCAUAAAAUAAAUCUAGUAUUUUU